AUGGCUGACCCUGCCGCCGCCGCCGCCGCCGCCGCUCCACCAUCGGAGCUGCUCCCCCUGACGGGCCGCGUGGCCAUCGUCACCGGUGGCUCACGCGGCAUCGGCGCCGCCAUCGCCGCCCAUCUCGCCGCCCUCGGCGCGAAGCUCGUGGUCAACUACACCUCGAGCUCCGGCGCCGCCCACUCCCUCACCGCCACCCUCAACGCGUCCUCCGCCGACCCCCGCGCCGUCGCCGUCCAAGCCGACGUGUCCGACCCCGCCGCCGUCAAGGCCCUCUUUGACCGUGCCGAAGAGGCCUUCGGCAGCGAAGCCCACAUCCUCGUCUGCUGUGCCGGCGUUCUCGUCUCCAGCUACCCGUCCCUCGCCGCCACCACUGAGGACUCUUUUGACCACAUGUUCAGGGUCAACACCCGGGGGGCCUUCCUCUGCUGCCGGGAGGCGGCGAACCGCCUGCCACGUGGAGGCGGCGGGCGGAUAAUCGCCGUCAGCUCCUCGAUGGUGGCGCAGCGGAAGCCCGGGUUUGCGGCGUACGCCGGGUCCAAAGCGGCGGUGGAGGCGAUGGUGACUGUGCUGGCGAAGGAGCUCGCCGGCACGGGCAUCACCGCCAAUUGCGUGGCGCCGGGGCCCACCGAAACGGACAUGUUCUACGCGGUGAGGCAGAACGAGGCGGAGGUGGCGCGGGUGGCGGCGGAGUGCCCUAUGGGUCGAAUCGGGAGGCCACAUGACAUCGCCAACGUGGUGGGUUUCCUCGCUUCCGCCAGCGGGGAGUGGGUCAACGGACAGGUGGUCCAUGUCAACGGCGGCGUCGCCUAA